CAGAGAGAGAAACAAACUAUUUUGGGAAUCAGAAACCAAAAUUCCCAUCAUCUUAAUCACAUGCCUAACCCUUUCUCUCAAUCCCUACAUCUUCCCCUUCAAUUUUGCUUUUUAGGGUUUUGAAUCAGGAAUCAAAUUUUGCUUUUCUUUUCUGGGUUGUUUCAAUUGAUGCUUGGCUUUGUCAGACUGCAUUCACUUGGAAAAAGGGAUACGUUUCUGAUCUCAUUCUGCUUGUAUAUGCUCUCUUGUUCAACGGUCGUUGUUCCCCCUUUUCAUCGGAGGCUGUGCAACGCUCUCUUGUUUCCAAGGUUUCUAGAGAGAGAAACAACAAAUUACUAUCUCAAAAACUAUAUACACAAACCCUUUUAGUAUCUGGCUCUAUGAUGGGAAUCUAGGAGAAACUGAAGACAGAAAUGCUGGUAAUGGUUGGUGAUGAAAUGGACAAGGAUUUUGAUUCUAAGCUAAGCAUUCAAAAUAAUUCAGACAAUCAUGUGGAUGCUAAUGCUAAUAGAUCCAAAGGCUUUGUAUUUAGGGCACCACAAGAGAACUUCACCAUCCACGAUUUCGAAUUGGGAAAGAUCUACGGCGUUGGUUCUUAUUCCAAGGUACAUAUCAUGGCCAAGUUAUUUCUGUCCCUUGGUUGUUAGAGCAAGAAAGAAGGACACAGGAAAAGUGUAUGCUUUGAAGAUCAUGGAUAAAAACUUCAUCACAAAAGAAAACAAAAUUGCUUAUGUGAAGUUGGAGAGGAUUGUAUUGGAUCAGCUGGAUCAUCCCGGAAUUGUGCAACUGUUUUUUACAUUCCAAGAUACUACUUCACUAUACAUGGCGCUCGAGUCCUGUGAAGGUGGAGAACUUUUUGAUCAAAUAACUAGGAAAGGUCGUUUGACGGAGGAUGAAGCUCGUUUCUAUGCAGCUGAAAUUGUAGAUGCUCUUGAAUACAUUCAUAAUUUGGGGUUGAUACAUCGGGACAUUAAGCCAGAGAACCUGCUUCUUACAUCAGAUGGACAUAUUAAGAUUGCUGAUUUUGGUAGCGUAAAGCCAAUGCAGGAUAGCAGGAUAACGGUCCUUCCAAAUGCAGCAUCGGAUGACAAGGCCUGCACAUUUGUUGGGACGGCUGCCUAUGUUCCUCCAGAAAUAUUAAAUUCUUCUCCUGCAACAAUCGGAAAUGAUCUGUGGGCUCUUGGCUGCACCUUGUUUCAGAUGCUAUCAGGAACUUCUCCAUUCAAAGAUGCAAGCGAGUGGCUUAUUUUCCAACGAAUUGUAGCCCGGGAUAUCAGAUUUCCGGAUUACUUUUCAGACGAAGCUAGAGAUCUGAUUGAUAAGUUAUUGGAUAUUGAUCUUGCAAAAAGACCUGGUGCAGGAUGUGAGGGUUAUGCUUCACUCAAGAAUCAUCCUUUCUUCCAAACAAUUGAUUGGCAUGAUCUAAGGUCCCGAAGUCCUCCAAGACCUGCAUUGCAGGGUCACUCAAGUGGGGGUGAGGACACUCAUGAUUCUUCGUUCAACCCGUCUAAUGUUGGUGAUGCCACAUCUUUUUCUGAAGCUAGUAAUGUAACUAGGCUUGCUUCAAUGGACUCCUUUGACUCCAAAUGGCAGCAAUUUUUGGAGCCGGGCGAAACCAUUCUUAUGAUCUCAAUGGUGAAGAAACUGCAGAAACUUACGAGCAAGAAAGUACAGCUUAUCCUCACGAAUAAGCCAAAGUUAAUUUAUGUCGACCCGGCAAAGCUAGUGACUAAAGGGAACAUAAUCUGGUCAGACAAUCCUAAUGACCUUAGCAUCCAGGUCAUGAGCCCCACAAAUUUCAAAAUUUGCUUACCAAAGAAAGUUAUGUCAUUCGAGGAUCCGAAGCAGAGAGCGUUCCAAUGGAAGAAGGCAAUCGAGGCCCUUCAAAGCCGGCGGUGAAUUCUUUGAUUUCUUACACAUUCUUUUUCAUCAUACACACUGUAGAGGAAGUUGAAACAAACAGUUGUGGUUUAACCUGGGAAUUUUUGUAGAAUAUAAUGUCAUAUACCACCACCAAUGUUUAUGUUUGACAAACAAGAUUUUCUAAACCACAUACUAUUGCAGUUUUC